AGCACCACCUGUCUCGCCGUCCUCUACCGCAGCAAGCGCUCACCCUACAACUUCACCUGCUUCCCUCAACCACACACACCCGCUACCACUACCUUCUCUCCUCACUCUCUCUCUCCUCAAAAUGUACGAAGCGAGGCUGCUCCAGGCGUCUCUUCUUAAGAAGAUCAUCGAGGCCGUGCGAGAGCUGGUGACCGAUGCGAACCUCGACUGUUCCGAGUCGGGCAUCUCGAUGCAGGCGAUGGACUCGAGCCACGUCUCUCUCUGCGCGCUGAUGAUCCGCAGCGACGGCUUCCAGCACUACCGGUGCGACCGGAGCCUGUCGCUCGGCCUCUCGACGGGCAGCAUCUCCAAGAUCCUCAAGUGUGCGGGGAACGACGACACGGUGACUCUGAAGGCGGAGGACACAGCAGACGCCCUGACCAUCAUGUUCGAGAGCCCAAAACAAGACCGCAUCUCGGACUUCGAGCUCAAGUUGAUGGACAUCGACAGCGAGCACCUCGGGAUCCCAAAGACAGAGUACAACUGCAUCAUCCAGAUGCCCUCGGCAGAGUUCGCGCGGAUCAUGAGGGACUUGCAAGUGAUCGGGGACACGUGCACCAUCGCGUGCGACAAGGACGGGGUUAACUUCUCCGUAUCGGGGGACAUGGGGAAGGGCAACAUCAUGGUCCGAAACAACACCUCGGUCGACAAGGAAGAGGACAAGGUGACGGUGACGAUGGAGGAGCCCGUCACUCUCAAGUUCGCGCUUCGGUACUUGUCGCUCUUCGCGAAAGCAACCCCGUUGGGCCCCACGGUGACCAUCUCCAUGACACCAGACAACCCGGUAGUAGUGGAGUACCCCAUCGACACCUUCGGCUACGUACGAUACUACCUCGCACCCAAGAUCGACGAGGCUGACGAGUAGACCUGUGUAGACACAUCAGUUUGUUUUUUACGUCUCUCUCGUGUGUUGUUUAUUUUGGACAAAAAAGUUCAUGUCUGUUGGGGCGGGGGCAUCGGAAAGGAUGACGUUGGCCAGCCUGCUGGUGCUGUGGUAGUGGUAUCCACCACAGCAGCCCUUGUUCUGGUGCCAUCGACAGCAGCUGUAGGGCUGCUUGAUACGCAACACCACGGCGUUGUUCAUUUUUGUAAAGUUCCUUAAUUUCUGUGUUGUUAGCUAGACGAAGGGAGGGUAGGGUACAUAAUAGUCGAGAUUUCGUUGGUAUUUUGCAGAGGUUGGGUCUAGUCUUUGUCUUGUUUUGCACGGUGUGCAUGUUUAAACCGGUCGUCAGAGCAAAUGUUCCGUCGCGGUAGACGAGCUUCGUCGAGAGUGGCGUGUAUUCAGAGCGGGCUCAGAGUUGCGCAUGUCUUCGCGCGGAGAGUUGCGGCGAAAGGCUGAAGCCGAUGCUUGUACGACAUGCCCCGCUUCACACACACGACACGGCAU